ACUUAUACUGGAUGUCACAACCACACUUCAGGAAAUGAAGUCCUCCUCUACUGCUUUGGCCCCAACGGUCAAGAGACUGCCCGUGAGACAUAUGCAGUCUCAGCUCCAUUAACAACUCCUGCGCCGAAUGCUGCAACCACGACGGCAGCACAAAGCGCUGGCCAAACCACCGCAGUCACGGCAUGCCACGGCCAUGGAAGUGACGUCUACUGUAUUAAUGGUGCUGGCGCAGAAGUGCUGGUGAAGGCAACUCCUACGGGCGCCUUUCCUGCUGCUUACACUGGAUGCCAUGCACACGGUUCUUCUCAGUUCUGUCUCGACCCUAGCGGCGGUGAAGUUGCAGUCGUUGCUGAAGGUGCUUCAAGUGGUGGUGAAGGGCACUCCGGGGAGGAAGGUGCAGGCUGCCACGAACACGGUGGUGUUCUACACUGCCCAGGCGGAGCAGGCGAAGUCGAUUGUGGCCUUCGUGAACGAGAAUUCGAUGUCGGCUUCCGAGUGGGGAGCUUGUUCAUCAUUCUCGUUACUAGCAUGCUCGGAGUCUUCAUCCCCCUCAUCUUUCAAAAAUUGCCGUUUGGAUCAGUCACUCAAUGGGUGCUCCUGAUCUUGAAGCAGUUCGGAACAGGAAUCAUUAUUUCAACAGCAUUCAUUCAUCUCUACACCCACGCCGAUCUCAUGUUCGCCAACCCGUGUCUGGGCGAGAUGUCAUACGAAGGCACGACAGCAGCCGUCGUCAUGGCAGGUAUCUUCCUCUGCUUCUUGAUCGAAUACAUUGGUCUGCGCGUUGUCGCAGCACGAACAGCCAAGGACGAUCAGUCCACCGAACAUGUUGCGGUCAGCGGCAAGGAAGUGUCGCCAGAAGGAUCUCAGAAUGGGUUCGCCAUACUUGACCACCACCAUGGCGGAGCGAACAACAAGCUCUCAGUCGCUGUCAUGGAAGCUGGCAUUCUUUUCCACAGUAUCCUCAUCGGCUUGACAUUGGUCGUGUCCAGUGACAGAUUCUUCAGGACUCUGUUGAUCGUCAUUGUCUUCCAUCAGUUUUUCGAGGGUCUCGCGCUCGGCGCUCGGAUCGCGCUCCUACCAGGCAAGAUCUUUCCAUCCAAGUUCCUCAUGUGCAUCGCCUUCACACUCAUCACACCGUUGGGUAUGGCCAUCGGUUUGGGUGUUCUCAACAGCUUUAACGGCAACAACCCCAGCACCGUGCUCACUUUCGGUGUCCUGGAUGCCGUAUCAGCUGGUAUCCUCAUUUGGGUGGGCCUUGUCGACAUGUGGGCACGGGACUGGGUCAUUGAAGGUGGUGAACUUCUGAACAGCAACGUCAUCAAGACGUUGGUUGCUGGAACAUCACUGGUGCUGGGCGUUAUCUUGAUGAGCAUUCUCGGAAAAUGGGCAUGA